AUGGGGGCUGACGGAGGAUCCAUAAACAAAUCAAAAAAUUUGAUUAUAUCGUCAAAGGACGAAAGCAGUGCUGUAAAUGACCACCAUGGUAAGGAAUUUGAUGCGCUGUCGCGAUGGACUAUCUGUAGACUCUCUAAUAAGCCUCUCAGAUUACCGAUAGUAAGUGACUACAAAGGAAAUCUUCUCAACAAAGAAGCAGUCUUAGAGUGGUUGCUAACGCCCGAGAAAGAGGAUUAUUCCGGACAACAAAUUGAGAUGUUUAAGCAUAUAAAGUCUCUUAAGGAUAUCGUCGAUCUUGGAAAUGUAGUGGACGGCGAGUCCUCUGUUCUCAAAUGCGAAGUGGGUGAUGAAGUUUUUGGCAAGAGUACUACUCAGUUCGAAUACAUCGCAAGUUGUGGGCAUGUUCUGCCGCACAAGUUGCUGGAACAAACAUCGGUGGAUAAAAGAUGUCCUGUAUGCGAUGGUCCUUACAGCGAAAUCGAUAUAGUGACUAUAAACCCGUGUUUUGAAGAGGAACAUAAUAAGCUCGAGCAACGUGCUCGUAGACUAAGGAACCAGGGAGUUGCUCAUAACUGUAAGAAAAUAUCAGUUGGCCGAAAACGCAAAGCAUCUUCUGUUGAUUCAUCCAAAAAACGCCCGAAAAAGUAG